AUGUCAUAUUACGAUAUCGAUUCUAUUUUGACUGAUGCUCAGAAACUGCCGUGUACCUUCGAACUUGAAGUGCCUGGACUAGGGAUCUUGGAGGGCAACGCAGGCGAAGAUAUAAAAGCAGGAACACGUCUCGAUCUCCCAUUAUGGCUGGGUGAAAUGCUUUCGAUCGGGGCUCGACUCGGGACCUCGCGUCUAGUCACAUUGGAUAUGCCAGAGGCCCUUUCAGAACGAGUACUCAACGCCCUCAAAGCCGAUCCCCGCACCGUCGACCUCCGCUCCUUGGCACCGCAUUUUUACAAUCUCAGCGAGCGUAUCCUGGAGCUGUUUGAGGAGGAGGAAAUGGUUGAUAUCCUGACCGAUACCUUCAAGAAGCGGGCGGCUGAAAUCGCUGAUCAUGCGCAUAACUCCCGUGGCGCAGUGGGAGAAGGUGUUGAAUUCCUCCGAGGCCUCGACGAGACUGAGCGACAACUCUUCCGUGCUGCUCAUGACCGCGCCAAGGAAAUGCGGGCUUGGGCCGGACAAGUCAAGCGAAAGUAA